AUGGCUCCCAUAUUCUUUGUUUUCUUCUUCCUUCUGUUUAUACCGUUUUCAGGUGGAAGAGCUCAACCAAAUCAACCUGGCCGUAUAAGCCCGGGCGCUUCACUCUCUCCCACAACUCGACCCUCUUCAUGGCCUUCUCCUGUUGGGCGAUUUGCAUUUGGAUUCUACCAGCUGCAAGGCACCGCUGGUUAUGCGGUAGGAAUUUGGUUGGUCGGUAAACACAACAAAACAGUGGUGUGGACGGCAAUUCGUGAUGGUCCACCGAUCACCCCGAAUGCAACGCUCAAUUUUACCGAGGAUGGUAUGCUGCUUUCGGGAACUGAGCUCAUUACAACUGCAACGGGUUCUGUUUCCUAUGCCACCAUGCUCGACAAUGGCAAUUUUGUGCUCUCUGACAAGGGUUCCAAAACAGUUUGGCAGAGUUUUGAUCAUCCUACCGACACCAUUGUAGAAGGUCAGACUCUAUUCGCUGGAGGUCAACUCUUCUCCAGCUUAGACAUGAGUGACCAGUACUCAACUAGAUCACGGUUUCACCUCAAGAUGCUGGACGAUGGAAACCUUGUUUUAUACCCAACAAACACUACAGAAAGCUCAAAUGAUGUUUACUGGGAGUCAGAGCCAGGCCGAUAUGGUUCCAAGUUUUACCUUCAUCUCAAUAAUACAGGCGAUCUGGAUAUCAUCAACGGCACUAGUUUAGAAACAUUUGUUCGCCUGGAUGAUAGUAGGGCAUCUUCGGUCCCCAACGAUAGUAUAAUUUAUCGUUCAACUCUUGAUUCUGAUGGAAUUUUCCGUCUCUAUUCUCACACCUAUGAUCAAAGUGGCGACUUCGAUGUAUCGACUUUAUGGGAAGCGCUUACAGAUCCAUGCGAAGUGAAAACUUUCUGUGGUUUCAACAGCUAUUGCACAUUCUAUGACAACAAAGCAUACUGUCUUUGCCUUCCUGGGACUGAUUUUCUGGAUCCGAGUGACAGGUCUCUUGGCUGUGGGAGAAACUUUUCAGAAGGAGUAUGUUCAGGUGGAAAAGAAAAUGAAACCUUAUAUCACAUCCAAACCAUGGACAAUAUGAAGUGGGAUGAUGGUCCUUACGUUAAGGAACCAAUGUCGACAAAGGAAGAAUGCAGCAGGUCUUGUUUGGAAGACUGCUAUUGUGGGGCGGCGCUGUUCUCACGUGGGUAUUGCAGGAAACAAAAUCUUCCACUGCGAUAUGUACGAAGAAGUCCAGGAGAGGAGACCACGGCAAUCUUUAAGGAUGGUACAGUAAGCCUUAAGAGCAGGAAUAAAACCGAUAGCCAAAAGAUGCCACCCGGGGUGAUCGUACGCAAAACAACAAUAGUGGAAAUUCUGCUUGUGACUUUUGGUUUUACUGCAUUGUCAUGUGUUGCCCUUGCAAUCUCUGGCCUUUUCGUUUUCAAAAGUCGAGUUUUAAGGUACCGAAGGAUGUUAGAAAAUGGAAACCUGGGAGCGAAUGAGGAGGUCACAUUGAGAUUGUUUUCGUAUAAUGAGCUCAAAAAAGCAACAAAUGGCUUCAAAGAAGAGAUAGGUAAGGGCUCAUUCGGAGCAGUUUACAAAGGAUCACUAUUCAAAGGUAGAAGACUUGUUGCAGUAAAGAGACUAGAGAAACUAAUUGAAGAAGGUGAAAGGGAGUUCCAGGCAGAGAUGCGAGCAAUUGGGAGAACCCACCAUAGGAACUUAGUUCGUUUGUUGGGUUACUGCGCCGAAGGUUCUAAAAGGCUUCUGGUUUACGAGUAUAUGAGGAAUGGCUCCCUUGCCGAUCUUCUUUUUAGAGUUGAGAGACGUCCAGACUGGGGUGAGAGAGUGAGAAUCGCACAGGAUGUUGCAAGAGGGAUCCUCUAUCUACACGAAGAGUGUGAGGCUCCAAUUAUCCAUUGUGAUAUAAAGCCUCAAAACAUUCUAAUGGAUGAUUUUUGGACUGCCAAAAUCUGUGACUUUGGGUUGGCAAAGUUUUUAAUGCCAGAUCAAACUAGGACCUUCACCGGGAUUAGAGGGACAAGAGGGUACUUAGCACCUGAAUGGUAUAAAAACACCCCAAUUUCAGUGAAGGCAGAUGUUUAUAGUUAUGGAAUGGUGCUCUUAGAAAUUUUAUGUUGUAGAAGGAACAUAGAACUUAACGUAUCAGAUGACGAUGAGAUUAGUCUUUCUAUUUGGAUCUAUAAAUGCUUUGUUGGUAGAGAGUUGGAUAAGAUUGUUCGUGGGGAAGAAGUAGAUAAGACCACCUUAGAGAAUAUGGUUAAGGUUGGACUCUGGUGUAUUCAAGACGAACCAGCUCUUCGUCCUUCCAUGAAAAGUGUCCUCUUGAUGUUAGAAGGGAUAUCCGAGGUAUCUAUUCCUCCAUGUCCAGCUCCUACGUCCAUGUAA